AUGGAUAUGGGCACGAACUCGCUGCCGUCGCCGUCGUGCGCCGACGGCCGGAAGCGUCGCGUGUGCUACUACUACGACGCGGACAUCUCCAACGUCGACUACGGCGAGGGACACGCCAUGGUGCCCCGCCGCGUCGCCAUGACCCACGCCCUCAUCGCCUCCUACGGCCUGCUCAACGACAUGACCCGCCUCCGCAUUAGGCCGGCCAGGCCGGAGGAGCUCCUCGCGUUCCACGACCAGAAAUACGUCCACCUCCUCGGCGACCUCACCCCCGCCGGCUACACCAACGACGUCGCCCUCCGGCGGGCGGCCAAGGAGCACGGCCUCGGCCCCGUGCGCCGCCCCGACGGUUCGUACCCGAACGACAACCCCGUCAUCGACGGCCUCCUCGGGUACUGCCAGGGCUACGCCGGCGGGUCGCUGGCCGCGGCGCGCGCGCUCUGCGGCGGCGAUCACGACGUCGCCAUCAACUGGUCCGGCGGCAUGCACCACGCGUGCCGGGGCCAAGCCAGCGGCUUCUGCUACGUGAACGAUAUCGUUCUCGCCAUCAAGCAGCUCCUCGCCCGGUUCCGGCGCGUGCUGUACGUGGACAUCGACGCGCACCACGGGGACGGCGUGGAGGAGGCCUUCGCGGACUCGGAUCAGGUGAUGACGCUGUCGUUUCACCAGUACGCAGGCGGGUUCUUCCCCGGCACCGGGAGCGUCGACGACGUCGGCAAGGGGGCCGGGUUGUACCACGCCCUGAACGUGCCGCUCAAGGCGGGCAUGGACGACCAGGGGUACCACGAGCUGUUCAAGCCGAUCGUGGGCAGGGCCAUGCAGGUGUUCCAGCCGGAGGCCGUGGUGCUGCAGUGCGGCGCCGACUCGCUCUCCGGCGACAGGCUCGCCGGGCUCGACCUGUCGGUGGGCGGCCACGCGGAGUGCGUGAGGUACCUGCGGGGGUUCGACGCGCCGCUGCUCCUCCUCGGCGGCGGCGGCUACACCAUCAACCACGUCGCCUCCUGCUGGUGCUACGAGACGGCGGUCGCCGUGGGCAGGGAAGAGAUCCCCAACGAGAUUCCACACCAUCCAUACGAGCACUACUACAGGGGCCAGGGUUACAUGCUCCAGUAUCGCACGAAGGCGCGCCGUAGCCCCAGAGACGGGGACAAGAAGGAGGCAGACGCCAUUAGGGUGAAAGCCCUGGAGCACCUCUCGGCGAUCAGGUUCAUUCCCACGACAGCAGGCGCCGUGGACGGCCCCACGGUGGGCGCCAACUAUCGUCGUUUUCUCACGAAAGAUGCCAAGGGGUGGCUAAUCAAACAUGGUUGGGACCGAAAGGACACCGUCGGGCUCCGGAAACGGGAUGGUGAAUGA